AUGACAGCCGAACAGGACUUUAGAGAGCAGUCAAACACCUCGGAAAUCGCUCUUCCUGACAAAUUAGCGAAAAUCAAGAAAGCUGAUGACUUCGCGGCGGUCAAGUACAAAUGGAACAGUAACGAGGUAGCUUGACGUUCAUUCUCUUCUUAGUUUCCGUUCAGUUGAGGCCUUCGUUCGAUUCAAUCUCACUAAAAUGUCAUCUCUGGUCUUUAAUCAAUGUCAACGAGACUUGAAAGUUUUUUUUGUACAUCUUUAGAAACAGGGCUUUUAUGGUGUUUCGCUUUCGAUUUACCAUCAGUGUGUUUGAUCUAAAAACUUCAAUAAAACUAUCCCUUAUGUUAUGAAUUGGAUAAUUUCAAAGCUCGAGUGCCCAUACGUGACAUUUGACAGUUAACCCUGUAGAUUCACGUCGAAUAUUUACUCUUCUCCAAUAGUUUAAUUCUUAAGGUAAUAGUCUUACACAGAUGAGAAUGUGUAGAAUAAUAAUGAGCUCUGAAAUUUGGUUCGCUUUUUCCUGCCUACAGAGAUGAUAACAAUUUUCUCCAGAUGUUGAGUUAAGCUGUAUCUUUCCUCAACGAACACGCGUUCAGACGAUAGUUAAACAAACAUUUUCGCGGUUCAUCGGCCCUGAUCUUGGUCUUUUUCAUAAACCAUCUAGUACUACAUUGCUCGGAAAGCUCAUGAAACGUUUAUAUCAAGAUAAAAAUUUGGUGGUGUACACAGUGGUGGUACGUUAGAAAAACUACUUGUUUUUAUCUGGCGACCUACACAAACAUUUUGUUUGAUGAUUGACUGCUUAAAAUCUCAACUUCGGUUUAUUUUGCGUUCUACCUAAGCGAAUUUCAAAUUGUGUUUGUUAGGAAAAUCAGCAGUGUGGUCUCCAACCGUUUCUAGGAAAAAUGUUGCAAGAAUUGCCUGUAGGCCUUUCCUAUUCAAAAAUUUUUGCGAAAUGAAUAUUUUAUUGCUCGUCUCUCACUCAUUUUCUUAUCCAUUAACCCACCCACUUGAGCAAAAUAAUUUGCCAAACCUGAAAAUAACUUUGUGGAAUUGUUAUUUAUUAUUGGUGAGAAUAAAUCUUCUGGCAAGAAAUGGAUUUCCUAUUUUCUUCUAAGGAAUUAAGCUGAUGUGUUCGUGGUUUUAAGUCUCAAAGCUGGACAACAUUCUUUCUGCAUUUUAAUUCAUUAAGUUUUCCUUCCAGACCAUACAUUUAUUAUUCAUGAAAGUCUUAAAUAGAUUUCUAAAUUUUAGUCUUAUCAGCUUAUUUUGUAAGUUCUAUUUGGCAUGUUUUAAAUUUAUGAUUGUUUAAAAAGACGGAUUUUAGAGUUCUUACAUUAGGUAAUGACCAAGCCAAGACAGCAUUUAGAUAAAUGGUAAUACCUUGGCGAGCAUCUUUUUUCAUAUUAUUAUUGUUUUUGGUUUUCUAAUUGGCUUAUUGUCUUGUGGGAGUACUAAAGGUGCCUGAAUUAUCCAUAUUGAACUACACCUUUGUUAUUAUUGGAACUCUGAUCGUGGUAUCAUGUGUAUUAUAUGCAUCAAAUUCUUGAGUUUGUAAUCAACAAAGCAAAACUUCUUCUACAUGGCAACAAUAUUAAGAUUUUUGGGGGUUUAAAAUAUCUGAUUGAAACUUUUGGUGUGCAGAUGGGAAAUGAAAAGUUAUAUUUAGCACUGUUCUGUAGUCUUCUUACAACACGGUAAAUUAAGUUAGAUCUUUGUCAUGCAAAAAUUUCCUUUUCAAUUCUGCAUAUUUAGCAUUUGUUUAUUGCUUAUAAUUGUCUACUUUAGGUCUUGCUAUCAUAUAUAGUUGGCAGAAAUAGCUUUCUAGACAUCUUAAUCUGUAUUCAACAGCGGCUUUGAUUAUUUUAUUUUAUUUUCUUUUCAUUUUAAACUUAUGUUUACCAAUAGACAAUCCUUUUUUUAAGAUCUUCCUAAAUUUGAGUUCUUGUUGGAAACUGUCUGAUACUUAAGCUGUUCUUAACUUGAUUGACAUUAAUAAGUGAAUUUGUUUGAAUAAAUCUAUACAUAAACAAACAAACAUGUAUGUAGCACAUGUUUUAUCGACCUAUAUAUGGUACUGUUCCACACGCUUACUACGAGACGUUUAAUGUGUGUUUCUUUUGAAUAAACCGAGAGUUAUGAGUGGGAGUUUUAAAGAACCAUUAAAUCAAGUGGAUAAACUGUGACUUAAUAAGGAAGCAUGGUACAGCUUUUUUACAUUUUCGACAUUCUAUUCUGGCACCUUGGAUGUGUUUCUGGAAAGUCCCAAUCACUCUACCAACCAGAAGCCUUAAGUUAACCCUUUACACCCUAACAUCAGUAUACAUAUUCUCCAUUCUGUUCGUUAUACAUUUCCUAAUGUGUGAUUCAGGGGUGAUAUGGUAUUAGGUGAUAUGGUAUUAGACGCUAAUCACUCAUAUGAGUAAAAGGGUUAAAAUUUAGUUUUAACUUUACUGUGUUUCUGGUCUUCGCUAAAAAACCAAUCCACUCUGGUUUGUUUCCUGGUAUUUUAUUGUUUGAAAUUCAAACUAUCUGUGCUUGGAUUUUGAAAGUAAACACAACAAAACAAAAACCAGUAUUUUAGGACUGUUGACUAUCAUCAAGGAAAUUACUCAUAUUUUUUGUUUUCUAUUUUAGGAGGUUUUGUCUUUGUUAACAAGCCUUAGCAACCAUGAAACCUGGGUGACAAGAACAGUUCCUGACAGGUAAAGUGAAUCAGUUAGAGUUUAAAAGGAUAGAUAUAUUGUAGCUGAGCAGUUCUGAGAGGCAUAGUCACUGAAGAAGUCUGGCUGAGUCACUCUUCAUUCAGUCUUGUCCUCAGAACCAUAUUUAUUUCUUACAUACUGAAUGAACAACUGUGAAAGUAAAUUGUUCAUCCAAUCAGAGACACGAAUGAUAGUUCUUUGUAGGUGAGGGCAAGAAAUGGCUUCCAAUCUUUGAAAGUGUUGGUCAGUGAGACAAAAUUUCAGUGUGUAUGAAAUAAAAACAUCAUACCAUGGAAACUACUUGAACAAAGUUUAUUCUCUUGAUGCAAUGCUUGGAAAAUUCUCACUCAUUUGCUGUGCUCACUUGUUUAUUUCUGUUAUGCAUCACAACUUGUGAAUGGAAAUUUUUUUCAUUGGCCCUGUCCAUGAAAUAAUCUCUAUUUGCAUGGGUCAACUCCAUAGACUGAGGUCACCUGUUAGAACAUAUCUUUUCUGACCUAAUCAGGAACUGUUUGUUGUUUUGUUGGACUGUUUGGAUGUUUAACCCUUUAACUCCCAGAUCAAAUAUGUAAUUCUCCUUACUGUCAACCAUACAAUUCUUAUAAUGCUAGUUCAGAGAAUUUAGUGGAUCAAAUAAUUAUUCCCAAAUUGAUAUUUUUCUUUAUUCUCAUCUCUUAUCUGGUUGAUAUUGUAUUGAUAUUGUAAGGAGACAUUCUCUCUUGGUCACUCAUGGGAGUUACAGGGUUAUUGAGAUAUCCAUAUUAAUAUUGUAUGGAACUAAACACUGGUUUUUAGACCACUUUGUACAAGCAAUUAAUUUUCAUAUGUACACAUGAUUUAAUUGCACACCAAUGAUUCAUCUGGCAGGCCCUGAAGGAAAACAUUUUUUUCUGCCUAGUGGAUGACUGGUUAAUGUUUGCUUUGAUGUUAUCUGUUCAUCCAAGUGUACAGUUUUCACAGGCUUUGCUUUAGGAAAACUAUGAGCUUCUGGGACUAUCCAUUGUGUUUGAAGAAAACUAUCCACAUGUAUUUUUGCACCUAAGGGAAAUUAUUGAGUAUAAAUGUGUAAUGUAGAGUUUUAAAUUUUACUUGAAUAAUUGAGGGAAAAUAAUAUUUUUUUCCUAACAGGCCUGAAAAUGGAUCCAUGUUUCUCUUUGAUCGAAGCAAGGUAAAGCAGAGCACUUUUUCAUUUGUAGUUAAAUUAAAUAUGCACUUACCCUAAAAUAUACCAUUAUUAAAGAUUAAAAUUUUUUUCUGCACCAAAUUGAACCUUAUCAUUGUGUGGCACUGGCUGUAGCUCAAUCUCUUUGUCACAAGAGACAAUAAAAAUAAAGAAAAUGAACAGAAGAUGGGAAACCUGGAGUUGUCCCUUAAAGCAUAUUCUGAACGGGGAAUCAUUUCACCUAUCUCGAUCUCUUCCAGAUAAAUUAUGCUCUCAAUUCCACUGAAAACUGGGAAAUGGCUACUGUACAAAUUUCUCCUAAAUGCCUUUUGAAUACUAGUAAUUUUUUUCUAUUUUUUAACAGCCCUUAGAGUGAAAUCAAGGGAAAGUAUUGGCCUAAAAAUGGUUGACUAGUUAGCUGUUUUUGCUUUAUUUUUAUUUUUUGGCCACUGGCUCUUACUGAUAGGGUUGUCCAACUUUUUAUUUUCUGUAUUUUUGAUCUUAAUAGACUCAGGUGUAGGUAAAGGUCAGAAUGGUGAAUGAGUUUUACCAAGAUGCUUGUAACAAAGGUUUCAAACAGCACAAAGCUGAAUGUUGUUAUGAUUCCUCUGCCUGAUGUUUUUUUUCUUGGUCACUGAUCUUCUGAUGUAUUGUCUAGGUGAAGAAUUAUCGCAAGGAUGGUUAUACAUGGAAAAAGAGAAGAUCAGGAAAUACAAUAAGGGAGGAUCACACAAAACUAAAGGUCGACGGAAUUGAGGUAACUUUGUCGCCUUAAAUGAAUGGUAUUCAUUGUAGUGAGGUGAACCCCUAAACCCCUAAGAGUGAUUAUUAACUAUUUUCUCCUUUAAGUAUCAACCCUAAAAUUAACAUUGAGCUCAUGAGAAGAAAAGAAAUGAUCAGCAGAGAACAGAAUGGAGAAAAUGUAUACUGAUGUAAGGGUGUAAAUGGUUGAAAGAAUGUACUUAAGUGCUUCUGAACUGAGAGUCGUGAAACCAAAACCAAACAAAUCACAAUGGCCAGUGUGAGUGAGAGAAAAUAUCUCUAAGAGCUAACGAGAACCCAUAAUGCUGGAAAACUUGGGUGACCAACACGCACAAUGGGUUUUCCAGUACUGCUUAGAUAUGCGCUAACCGAAAAAUGUACAUACAGUAAAACACGGCAAAAAUCUCUGGCAAGUUUUGCAUCUGAUUGGCUGAGAGGAUGGCUCAAGUCCUCUGGACCAAUGACACAGCAAAGUAAAGCAGAAAUAAGGAAGUCGUAGAUCACUUUUACUGUUCAGUCAAAAAUUGCUCUAAAACCCCUUUUUGGCAAGAGAUAUGGUAGUUAAGUGGCUAAUUUGCUUUAGAUUGAGGAGUCAUUGGUUAAGUCAUUGAAAGGUCAGUGUGUUAUGUUCUCAAGCUAGACAUGCUACUCAACAGUUUCCCUCUCAAGCAAGAAGUAAAAUCUGUUACAACAAACUUUUAGGGAAGUUUCCUGAAAUAACUGGGGUUUACUUGCUAUAAAUAAUAUCCUCUCUUUGUACCUUGCAAACUGUGGUAAACUUCACUUGUACUGGACCAUUACACAGGAAAAACCUUAACUGCAACCUUUACCUUGUUGUUUAGCAAUAAAAGAUGGAGUAUUUAAGCAAUUUGCAUAUUUUACCUUGCAGUGUUUGAGUGUACUAUACACCCAUUCUGCCUUGGUACCAACAUUUCAUCGUCGCUGCUACUGGAUGCUGCAGGUACUCUUCAGUUGCUACGUAAUUUUUCUAUCUUGAUUUCUAGGAAAUUGCUUUCUAUGUUCAUCCCUUACCAUACUAAGCCAUUCAUUUCAUCCGAUGUGCCAUGCCUUUGGGUUGGAAGGGUUACAUAUAUCUUUACAACCCUGACAAUGAGGCCCUUUAUCAUGUUUCUUAUCCUCUGUUUACUGCCUCAAUCAUAAUUACAGCUGUAAGGUGUCAGGUAAAGAAUACAACCUGGGGGGGUGGGGAGAGGGUGGAAGGGAGGGUAAAGCCUAUCACCACAGCACCCUCAUUGUUUUCACCUUCACCUUCCCCCUCCCCCCUCCCCCAAAAAUAACAUUUAAAGAAACUAAAGUUAACACAGAACCUUAUGGGAGUAUUCUUAUCCAGCAAGCGAUUAUUUUAAACGUUUUUCUUGUCGUAAGAGACCACAAUGUAUUGAUCCUCUCAAGUCAGGAAAAAACAUAUUUUCCUAUAUAUUAAAGUUCACAUGGCAACCAGGUAGACUAUCAGACAUAGUUUGAUGCUACUCUGGUUUACAGAUUUAAUGAAUGUAACCGAAGAAGUUACAAUUCAUAGACCCAACGUUUCAAAACACUUGCCUAACUAACCAUACAAUUGGGUGGGAUAAUUCUAAAAUUAUCACCACUAAUCGGCGUUACCACUAGCGCCUUUGUUUGGAGGCUUGGCAUAUUAACUCCGCCCACGCUCCUCUAAAUCGUGACGAUGGCGGUUUGCUUCCAGACGCCUAUUUACACCUCGUCAGAAAAAAAAAAAAAAAAAAAAGGCCGCUAAUUAGUGAUCAUAUAAAAGGACCUCUUGUUGCAGCGUUUAGAUCACCCCUGAUGAAGGCACUAGGCAGGAGUGUCGAAACGUUGGGUCUAUGAAUUGUAACUUCUUCGGUUACAUUCAUUAAAUCUGUAAACCAGAGUAGCAUCAAACUAUGUCUGACAUAUUUUCCUAGCUAUUAUGUUUGAAAGUAGAUGGAAAUUAGAGAGGGGAUUUAGGUUUUAGAUUCAGGCAAAGGAGUGGUUUAUGUAUCACUGCUAAAAUUCAAUUAAAUUUCAUAUUUGAUUUGUAUUAUUCAGAAUCCAAAAAUAGUACUGGUUCAUUACUUGAAUUUGGUGGAAGAAUGCAACAAACCCAUCACAGUUUCUGUGUACUCAUCGCCUGACAGCCGUGAUGACAUCUCACAACAGCUGGAAGCCAUCUGUAAGUAGUGAGGGUGUUCCUGAACCCUUUGACCCCUGAGAGUGAUAAGCAUCUAAUUUCUCCGUACAAUAUCACCCCAGAAUCACACAUCAAGGUCAUGAGAAUAAAGGAAAUGAUCACCAACUGAAGAAGCUCUUUAUUCUUAGACAAAUUCUCCAUGUCAGCACCUUAGUAAAUGUAUAGAGAACGGUGUGGAGAAUUCACAUCCUGAUGUUAGGAGUGAAGGGUUAGAAGAUGUAAUGUUGGGAAGACGGUUCUGUAUUCCAAAAUUUACAUCCAGUGUAUGUCAUCCUCGCUACAUCUUGAAUUGAUGUAACAAGCAAAAACACUGCGAAAUAAAUGGGGAUUCUGCUGAAUGCCAUGUUUAUAACCUCCAUGAAACUUUUAAAAAGAUUUUAUGACAUGUAUUCAUACACACUUCUAUCUUCUUGGGAAGCAUACUGGUCAAAAAAAAGAGCAUCUCUUCGUCCGCUCCAGUAUUCUAAAGCAACAAGGAUCAUUGUUUUGAGUUCACGGCCAAAACAUGCUUAACAUGACAAUUUCUUUGUUGUCUUCCAGAUUCGGGAGUUUCGUCGGAUGUAAAGCCUGAGGUUACGGUCAGUAAAGGAAAACGGUUUUCAGCGCGACACAUUGAUUAAAAUUUAUGGAAGCGGCGGUGGCCUAAGUUUUAGUGUGCUGGACUUGCGGUCGAGAGGUCCUGAUUCGAGACAUGGCUAGGUUUCUGUAUUGAAUGCUUGUGCAAAGUGUUUUAAUUUACAGUUGCUCCCCUCCUAGGAACUGUACCAAUAGGCAACAGGUAUUAGAGAACUGUCUGGGAAAUUUUUCAAAAUACUGAGGGUUGGAGUGCCAUGAAUUAAAAUCCCGUCCAGGAGGGGAGUGGGGUAGCAAUACUCUUACUGAACAGCUGUAGUUAAGCUCAUGCUGGGGGAUUGGCCACUUGGCUUGGAUGAAAGCGCAACAUUUUUUUUUUCUACUGGUGAAACUCUCCUAAAACUUGAAUCAGUUAUAAUUAAAAAUCUUCUAAAAUUCUUUUGGAUUUUAGGUAACAGAGGAAAGUCCCCCCGGAUCACCGUCAUCUUCAGAAGAAGGCGAGAACUCGUCUUCCAAAGGCAAACGGCAGCGGAAACGGAACAAGGCGAUUUACAAAAUCUCCUUUUCUCCAAACAAGAGUUUUCAAGCCAAAGCUCGGGCUGAAAAACUGAACAUAAAAGUAAUCAAAGUGACUAAGAAUAACCAAGGUCGUUUGACCGUGACAGGACACAGAGAGGGUUCGCCAUCUUUGGAAGAGAAUACGUUCCAUGAAGGGAAUGAUUCGGGCACAGUUGAUGACGUCACGUGCCAGGCAGCCGUCACCCCAAGUAAUGGUCACGUGUUCGUCACCAGUCCUUCAAGCUUUUCGCAACACCAGCCUUUAAGAGACAUUUCUAUACUUUCGGUAGUGCCCAUGGUAACGCAUCCUUCGAUGUCCACAUUAUCGUACCAGGUACAAAACUCUCUUGGAGACAAAGGAUGUGGGGCAACGAAUGUUCCGACCACAUCGACUUGCCAAUUUCUUCCAGAAAAUCACAUGUCGAAUGCGAUCCCUAUCAGUCCGCUCUCAGGAGAGACGAAUCACAGCGCUGGCAUCCAGUGGAAUUCGAUCGUUUUGAAUCCUCGCGUUGCAGAGUUAGGUUCAAGUCCCUCUAGCGACUAUGGCAGCUAUAUGUCUGAUGCUGGCGCCCGGCUCAGUUUCUCUGGGUCAGAUUCUAUGAGUGCUGGUCUUCCAGGGCAAAAUAUUCAAGAUUCCGGGCAUGCGCUGUUCGACGGCCCUUUUCGUGUUCCACUCCCUGUGGAACGAGAGUCCCGACAGCAUUUGACUGAUUCAGCAAAAAGUGACGAAGGGGCACCCCCACAGAGCCAGGAACCGUUUCCGGGGGGGCCACAAUCUGGUGGAAAUGAUGUAUCCGUGGACAUGACAAAUUUGUCGCCUUUGGAAUCACUUGCGUUCGAUGACAUGUUUGACUGUGAUCUUAGCAAUGUGAUUCCAGAUUGUUUUCCGGACUGCAUGAGCGCGUCGUCACCCAAGCAAAGUAGUGAUGGUCUGACAGCUUCCAUUGGGAGCCCGAAGUCGAAUUAUGCCUCUAGUACUUGUACUACAUCGCAGCUCUCUUCCAGUCCAUACUCUUCCGCUAGCCAAGAACAAACCUCUUGUUUCUCUCAAAUGACAACUUCCGGUCCGUCAUCUACUACGUCUUAUGUAUUUGUGAAGCCUGUUAGCCCAGUGCGAUCCACGGUGGUGACGUCGUGUUUCGUCAACGUCAAUGAGAACACGCUUGAAUCAUCAUCCGGGGCAGUUGUAAGUGAAGCAAGCACUCAGAACUCUCACAAUGGCAUUCAAGUUUGUAGUGAAGUAAACAUGGCAGAUGAUUCCAUUAAUCGUACUGUUGCUCAACCAACGGCAAAUGAGGUUUGCCUGAUUCCUUCUCCUGUUCAUGGUUUUGCUCAGCAAACUAGCACUCCGGCCACAAGUGACUUAAAUAAUAAUUCCUCGCGCGCACUCCCCGCGGGUAACACAGCUGACAAUUUCUCCACGCCUGUAGGGAAUCGGGUCGUUCCAGUCUCGGCGCGAAUUACCGAUUUCUCCCCCGAAUGGUCUUACCCCGAGGGUGGGGCUAAAGUACUUAUCACUGGCGAGUGGAGAAUGGAGCAAGGUUCGUACACUUGCUUGUUUGAUGGUUGUAGCGUGCCCGCGAUUUUAUACCAGUCUGGUGUUUUGCGGUGCUUCUGUCCUCCUCACGACCCAGGCCUGGUCACCUUGCAAGUCGCUUGCAAUGGUUUUAUUGUUAGCAACGCUUGCGUGUUUGAGUAUCGUGCACGUGACUCACCCGUGGUGGGAGCUAGCUGUCACGAGUGGCUCGCCACUGAUAAUGACCGGUUUAAGCUGGCGAUACUCGACCGCCUUGAGAGAUUAGAAUCCAGAUUCCACUCGAACCAGACGAGCAAUUCCGCAAACGACACACAACACGGAAAACAAUGCGCGACUUUUGAAGAUCGACUCAUCGUCGCUUGUGAAUUUUUCCACCGAACCAUAAGCUCUGCUAUAAACGCCCCAACAAAGGGGGAUAAGCCAUUCAGAGGAAUGACUCUUCUACACUUAUCCGCUGCGCUGGGUUUUAACCGGCUGAUAUGCACACUGUUGAAAUUAUGGCGUGAGAGUGAAAGCCAGCUUGUCAGAGAGGAAAUGAACCCACUCAGGAAGGACGAAUUUGCUUGCACUUCGCUGACUUGGGCAUGCGCUCUUGGUCAGACAGACACUGCUCACCUGCUGUUAGAGGCCGAACCGAAGGCUUUAUUAGAGCCCGAUGCGCGAGGUCGUAUGCCUUUGCAGCUAGCUAGGGACAGAGGCUUCUUAGACGUGGUUGAUCUGAUUGAAGACUAUGUGAUGUCUUCUCCAUUCAGGUGGGUUUACUGGCUGUAAUAUUUUUUUUCCUUCUGUUUAGAUGAGCUCAGUUUGCUGGUCUUUCCUGCUUUUCAAAAUGGUUCGCUUUUUUAUUUCUUUCUUUCUUUCUUUCUUUGGGCUAAUCUUGUAUUUUUUAUCCCUUUCCGUUACAGUCGUUCAGUUCUCGGAAUGGACCGUGAUUCUGACGGGACCCCAUCGCCAAUGGCCUCAUCGUGUGACUCUCUACUGACUCCUGUCCCGGCCCCUAAUUCUUGCUCGUUGUUACCAGUUCCUGUGGAUGCUGACAUGGUUGACCGAGCAAACUCGCCAAUGGUUGUUGAUGAAAACAAAUUGGAGCCUCAAUUAAGUAGAAAACCAGCUAAGACUCUGGCAAAAACAUUGGUGCAUAUACGUUCGAUGAUAAACGAGGCAGAACAGGAGGCAGAGCUAAAUCACCGGAUAUCCGCUCAUUUAUCUCCGUUACACGAAAACUCAGAACUCAUUACAUCCGGGACUUGGGGACCGGCAGCCAGGCUGCGCACCUUCAGCUCGGCCUCUUCCCAAUCUUCCCCUUUGACGCCAUGCUCUUCCAAGUCUUCCCUCUCCCCAGGUUCUCCCGUCUUUCUUAACUCGCCCCAUUCCUCUCCUUCUGGACCAGACACGACUGAAUUUCAGGAGUUCAUUUCAAGUUCUCGUAAGCUGUUGGAAAGAGAUUUUUCGGAUCUCACGUUAACAGGUAGGAAAUCUGUGGGAUUUCGUCGCGUCAAAGAAAAAGAAAAGUCGUCAGCAAAUCACACCCUCACUUGAAUAAAUUUUAGAAAAUUGUGGCGCUUGAAAUUCAAUUGUUCGUUCAUGCCCUAUGAUGGUUGAGUCUCCUAUUGGUUUAAUAAAGUUAAUUUCGAGUUCUGUUGAUGAAAGUAAUUUCGCAACGUGAAUUUCAAUUGUCCUUUCAGAUCGCGAGCAGUGGGAACUCUACGAAGCAGCCAAGAUCAUCCAGAAUGCCUACAGAAAUUACAAGGUUGGGUUAGUUCUCUUAACUUUCCACAUUAACCUUACAGCUCUGAUUUUUACGUCGAUUUUUUGUAGACAAGGCGCCACCAACAGGAGCAGGAAAUAGAAGCUGCCAUACUGAUUCAGCACCAUUAUCGUAGAUAUAAAGAGGUAAGCUACCCAACUUUUGUCAAAAAUUCGCCAACCGCUGACUCUCGGCCUAAGUGCGCACGGCUUCUUCGUAUUAAGCGCUUGACUGUGCUCUUGCUUUGUCAAUUGUGACGAAGGGGGAGUAGUUGAAGGCUGAUUACAUAACUGGUUUCAAGGGCGGGAAAAAAAUGAAACUUACUGACCUGAUCUAGCCGGCAGCACCCACUGACCAAUCAAGCGCGGGAAAACCUGAAACCCGCUGUUAGCCCAAGAAAAGCAAAGCAAAACAAUUAUCUGCUGAGAAGCGUGGGAAAAAAUAAUUUUAGCAGCCAAGUCAUGGCGAUUUCUGGAGAGCAAGAAAAAUUCUGAAAACCAAUUUACCUAGGAUUGGAUUGUGGUUCCUCUGGUGCUUUACCAGUGCGUAAGCGUAGCAAGAGAACUAUUUUGAUCGACUGGGAAAUCAACUUGCGUCGGACGAUCUGACCCUUUUCGAUCCAUCUAAUUUUGCUGGGUAAGACGUUGAGCCUCCCACAGAAACCACAACACAAUAAUGAAAUACGCUGAUAUUGUGAACUUAGUUCACAGUUGACAACUAAGCGCACUCUUUUAUCCUUUUGCAAAAUAGUUUAUCGCGUUCAAAAAAAUGACCCGCGCAGCUCGGAUAAUUCAGAGCCAGUACCGUACAUACCGUGAACACGAAAGGUUCAAGAAGAGUCGACGGGCAGCCGCCAUUAUACAGAAUACUUUCAGAAGUUAUCGGGAAAGAAGACGUUCGUCACAGAGGCGACGAGAAGAGAGAAUAAACAAACGACAAGAGGCUCGCUACAUGCAAAAAGCAUCCAACAGGUAA